GCACUUUCAUAUGACUCUGUGGAGAACAGGCGACUGUGAGCACCUCUCUGAAGAAGUAAUUACAGAUUUUAAAUUAUAAAAAUGUCAACUAUAAAUGUUCGAGUCACAACGAUGGAUGCUGAGCUGGAGUUUGCCAUCCUGCCCAGCACAACUGGUAAACAGCUGUUUGACCAGAUAGUGAAGACGAUCGGGCUGAGGGAAACCUGGUUCUUUGGCCUGCAGUAUCAAGACAGUAAAGGCUUCUCCACCUGGCUUAAGCUGAACAAGAGGGUGACAGCACAGGAUGUGAAGAGGGAGAACCCUUUGCUGAUUAAGUUCAGAGCCAAGUUUUUCCCCGAGGAUGUUGCUGAUGAACUCAUCCAGGAGGCAACCCAGCGGCUUUUCUUUCUGCAGGUAAAAGAGAGCAUCCUGAAUGAUGACAUUUACUGUCCACCUGAGACUGCAGUGCUGCUGGCCUCUUACGCAGUUCAGACCAAACAUGGAGACUACAGGAAAGAUUACCAUGUACCAGGAUACCUUACGAGGGAGAAGCUGCUUCCACAGAGGGUUUUGGAGCAGCACAAAUUGAAUAAAGAUCAAUGGGAGGAAAGAAUACAGGUGUGGCAUCAAGAGCACAAGGGAAUGCUGAGAGAAGACGCUAUGGUGGAGUACCUGAAGAUAGCUCAGGACCUAGAGAUGUAUGGGGUCAACUACUUCAGCAUCAAGAACAAGAAAGGCUCAGAACUGUGGUUGGGAGUGGACGCACUGGGUCUCAACAUUUAUGACAAGAAGGACAGGAUGACCCCAAAGAUUGGCUUCCCCUGGAGUGAGAUCAGAAACAUCUCCUUCAAUGACAAAAAGUUUGUCAUCAAGCCAAUUGACAAGAAGGCUCCGGACUUUGUUUUCUAUGCGCCUCGACUCCGCAUCAACAAACGUAUCCUGGCGCUGUGUAUGGGGAACCAUGACCUGUACAUGCGCAGACGUAAGCCUGACACCAUUGAGGUGCAGCAGAUGAAGGCCCAGGCCAGGGAGGAGAAGAACAAGAGGCAGAUGGAGAGGGCUCUACUUGAGAGUGAGAAAAAAAAGCGAGAGAACGCCGAGAAGGAAACGGAGAAGAUUGCUCGUGAGACCAUGGAGCUGAUGGAGAGAUUGAGACAGAUUGAGGAGCAGACAAAGAGAGCUCAGGAUGAGCUGGAGGAGCAGACUCGCAAGGCUCUGGAGCUGGAGAAGGAGAGGACGAUUGCUCAGGAGGAAGCGGAGCGCUUGGAGAAGGACCGCAAAGCAGCAGUGGAGGCUAAAGCAGCCCUGCUACAGCAAUCUGAAAACCAGAUAAAGAAUCAGGAGAACCUGGCCUCUGAGCUGGCUGAUCUUACCUCCAAGAUCUCCCAGCUGGAAGAUGCCAAGAAGAAGAAGGAUGAAGAGGCAAAGAGGUGGCAGAGAAGGGCAUUGAUGGUGGAGGUUGAUUUGGAGCGAACCAAAGAAGAGCUUAAGACUAAACUCAUGGGGGUCCACAUCCAGGAUUCAGUGCACACUCAUAUGCAUGAGCACGACGAGACGGAUGAGAGCAGCGCAGAGGCAAGCGCUGAGCUGACUGUGCCAGGCAUGGUCCGAGACCGCAGCGAGGAAGAAAGGGUGACAGAGGCCCAGAAGAACCAGAGGCUGCAGAAAAAUCUCAAGUUCCUCAGCACAGAUCUGGCCUGCGCUGUAGACGAGAGCAAGAAGACCCCCAACGACCUGAUCCACGCUGAGAAUGUGAAGGCAGGCCGUGAUAAAUACAAGACCCUCCGGCAGAUCCGUCAGGGCAACACCAAACAGCGCAUUGAUGAGUUUGAGUCCAUGUGAGAAAGGCUGUUUCAGGAGCACUCCAGCUGAAAACAGGAUAAAGAUAGAGAUGGCAAAAUUGGACCCACAGAAAGAUUUUAGAAAAUGUAGGUGCAGAUUAUUGUAUGGGUAGUCGAAAUAAAUAACUUCAUGCUGUCAUGCUGUCAUGUUCAGCUGUAGGCCCAGUGAUAUUGUACUAUGUCUUUUGUGCCCGUUGUCUUAUUGUCAUGUAAACUGGAGGGGGGUCAAUGAAAGAGUGACUCAAGCAUGUUUGGAUAAGCAUUUUUAAUUUAACAAAGCACACAUUUACUGUAUUCUGUAUGUCUUCAUGCUAUACGUUUUGUCUCCUGCAUAUACAGCUUGUAUCAGGGAUCAUCUCUGCAGUCAGUUAUGAAAAUGUUGUUUGCUGUUACCCAGACAUAGGCCAUGAAAAUGACAAUGCAUGUGUCAGUCUUUAAUAUGACAA